UUGAGUAUCCUGCGAUCUGCAGGACAGCAACGUUUCGGUGCUCGUAGGUCGGUUGGUGCGCGAUUUUCAACCAUUCGACGUUGCCGCGUUGAAGGCGAUUUCAGUAGAAUCGGGAUACUUGCACAUUUUGCGGAUUUCAAGCAGAUUUUUGCUAAUCGCCAAACGAGCCGGCAACGCUGUUCGAGGCGUCAUUGACUGCUUACAGACCGGACCCGAAACCCAGCGAUUUCAUCAAAUCAGGAUUUGCUGGGCAGCAGCCGAAAACCUGCCGAAAAACACCGAUCCUGUGUCCCAUACAGGAAUGCGUGGUCACUGUUAUUGUAUCAAUCUCAAUAACACUUGACGACACGACCGGAACUCAGCGCGCACCAAUCACAGUGCAGCACUCACUUAGCUGACAUGGAAGUGGUAGCUGCGCCUCCCCCUCCUACGGGAGGAGUGCCAUUUCGGGAUCGGGACGUGCGCGAAUGGUCCCGAAUCGACUCGAUAACUGGCGCUUUGGAGCGGGCUCGUCUGGAGACUGACAGCUGGUCGGCCUCUACCAAAGAUGCGUCUCACCGUUAUGGAAAGGUAGUAGAUUCGAGGGCGCGAACAGGCGCCGAUGGUUCCCUGCAAGCUCAAGCCAGCAGGCAAUUGGAGGUGUUCCAAAGCAGGGCGGCAGGCGCCCACCUCCAAGUAGUUAAAACGAAGACGGUGAGCAGCAGCCGAUGGUCCGGAAAGGGCACGGAGUCGUCCAUCAAGGGAUUCGAAAAUUUACAGCUGCCGCUCAACCCUUUGGACCUCACGUCGGAAAAAUCCAAGGCCUCAGUGGGGCGUAGCGCGAACCGCCGCCCCCCCUCCAGACCUCAGCGGAACCCCGCCAAUGACCUCCACAGCCAGCUGAGAAGCGCCCACUUCACAGCCGCCACCAAUUUGCAUCGAGUGUCCAGACUGUGCCACCAUAUCCACGAAUCGGCAGUGCGGAACGCGUUCGGGCGAAAAUCGCCAUCAACAUCGCCACGCGGCAGUGCGGACGGGAGUGUGAGUGGCGUGGAAAUAACAGAAAUCGAAAGCAGUGUUACGAAUUCGAGCAGUGAUCUGAACGCGCAUUCGAACCUCGCCCGAACUAAAAGCAACAGCAGUGAGGAUGUUCAUCAGGUGCCCGAGGCGGAGUCGAGUGUGAAGAGCGUGGAGGAUCUGGAGGAUCUGGAGCAGCUGCAGAGCUGGAGGAGGAACUCGAAGGUGCGGCGCAGCCUGCAGAUUCCCGCGGCGCAAAAGGCGCCCACAGCCCAGCUGCCCGAGAAUGCCACAGUGAACGUGAAGAAACUGAGGGACGAGCUGGAGAAGGGGCGGCGCUUGACCACCGCUCUAAGGAACAACUCCAUAUCGACAGACCUGAACGCGCUGGACAACAUCAUCCAGUCAAUAUCCAGCGCCAGCUCGCUGGAGCGAAGCUCCACCGACGACAAUCUGGAUGAGGAGUGGCUGGCGAAGCACAAGCAGAAGCGAGAGUCGUUUGUGACUGUGGAGUCCCUUCAGGCAGUCAAGGGCAGGCUGCGCCACACCAGCUCCCCCUACACCAAGCUGGAGGACAGCGACGAUGGCAUAGUGAGCGAGGACCUGAACGACAAUCAAACCACCGUAAAGUCCUACAUUUACGGCAUGGAGAAGGCGCUCCACAGCAACAAAUCCGUGAUCGGAACCGGCAGCUUGGAGUCGCGCUCCAAACUCACCAACGGCACCGGCAGCCACAAAAGCGAAGACUGGUACAACCGGAGAAAAUCGUACGGCUUCGAGAAGGUCCAUGGCUCAGAAGAGGCGUCCUCCAUGCUGAAAGGCAAGAACCUGGUGGAGUCCAGCACGGACAGCGGCAUUUGCAGAUCGAGCGAAAUAAUGGUAGUCCCCACCGCCAUCAAUUCAGGCAGCGAAACCGAGCCGGAAGCGUGCCAAGCCAAUGGGGCGAGCUACGGAAAAGUCAGAAAGAUGACGAGCAUCUUCAACCAAGAGGACAGGGGCGCUGAGCUGGGGAAGGCCUGGAGGCAAACCAGCUGGAAGAGCAACGAAAUCAAGUCCACAACCAUCACCAUACCCAUAGUGAAGAACAACAACGUGGUGGACUUGUCGUGGAACGACCAGCCGGAGAAGGAGGGGAGUAGAGCAGUGGCGGAGCCACUGCAACUCCCCGAGGACGAGAACGCAACCAACGGAAGACGCGGGAAGAAAGUGGAGUUCUGCAAAACCGAGGUGCACUUUGCCGCCGAAAGCGGCAAAGUCAACAUCGUGGAAACAGACGAGAAACCUCCGCCCACCCAAAACUUCCGGAGGAGGCGCAGAAACUCCGGCCCCACCAGUGACUACCCGGAGGACUUCAACAAGAACGGCCUUCCAGUGCUUCACUUCGGCGACACCUCCUACGAGAAAACCAUGUUCGGCCUCCCCGAUGAGCCGGAAAAGACACCUUCAGCGUUUAGCGUGGUCACGGUGAACACCAGCAGCGACUACCAUACGGAGUACACGGACGAAGAGAGAAAAGACUUGAUGGCCGACAACGAUAAUCUGAAGGGGAUCUUGAAGAACAAGCCGGUGAAGCCCAGGCCGUACCAUCUGGGCCAGCUGGAAGACCCAGAGGGCUGGGGAGUGAAGUUGCGGCACGUUCCACAGGAACCAAAUGCGCCCAUCUGGAGAUCGACAGUCACUGUCCACAGCACCGUACACGAGCCGACGCCAGACCUGCCAGAGUUCCAGAAAUUGCUCAGAAACCUGCGUCCGACAACGAAGAAAACCGACUAUUUAUCCGACAACGAAAAUCGGUACUCGGACAGUUUUGCCCACGUCCGAAUGCUGCCGGCCGCUAAAGACAAUCGCCGCUCCUCCUGGUCAGUGGCGGACCGCGUGCCCCUCGUCGACGAUAUCCAGGAAAGCCGGGGGUACUCGACUAAGGUGAACUUCGGCGAUGGGCAAGCCACUGUUGUGCAGAGCGACCAAUCCACGUGGCCACGAAUGGAGAACCUAUCGAAGGACUCCAAGCAGAUCCUGAACAGGGGAUUGGUGGUGCGAAUAGGCCGAGAAGACUCGAUCUCGAAGCACACGGUGUGCUCGAAAAUGACGACGACCAGACAGUUGAAUAACAACACGACCACCACCACCAAGAUCACCAUCGAUCUGUCGCCUUCGCCGCCCACCUCCGACAAAACAUUCACUUUCACCAAAUUCAAACGAUCUCACCACUUGCAGCAUAGUUUUAAGUCCACGCCCCUGGUGCUCAACACGCUCAAGGACCGCAAAGCGGAGCCCAAUAAGAUCCCGCAGCAGUUGGAGGCUUUGAGGAAACUGUACGAGGACGUGGCCAGCGACGAUGGGGACAGCGACGCGGACAAAGAGGUGCAACGGUUGCUGAGCCGCGUAAGCGACAAAGAACUGACUAGUUUAGAGAGCGACGCCAGUAGCGUGGUGUCGGGUAGCUGGAGCAGGAUGAGGGCGUUCAAGAACCUGGCAGAAGCGGGCCGCAGUAGCUUUAAAGAAGCCAAGUCGAAAUUUGAUCUCACUAAUGCUAAAGAUAUCAAAGAUAACACCAACCCAACUCGUCCAAUGGAACCACCCGCUAAGGCCGGCCCCACCUAUAACAAGUACAGCAUCCCGACCAAUCACAGCAAGUACUCGCCAGUAGUUUUAAGAAAAUCGACGCUGUUUGCCACGACUGAACCGAAAGAACUGAUCCCUUCUGAGAACCGGACCGAAGAUUGCUCAAUUAACAAUAGUCGCAGCAGCGAGUUUAGGAACGUAGCGAACCACAAGGUGCCCGAUCAGAUGGUGCUCAGACAGCCCAAACAGUCCGAGAUGACCUACUUUGGUGUGGGUGUGAGCGCAGCCAGAGACGCUGUGAAGAAGCCGGAUCUGCUUCAGAACCAUCAGAAGCCUAGAAGGCCUACGCCUGAGCAGGAGAAGAAGCCGCCCCCUAUUUACGAGAACUUGAAAGGGGCGGGCAAGCCUUUGAAGUACCCCAAGCCCUCCAGCGGCAAGGAGUUUGAUGUGAGCAUUCUGGAUGAGCUCACCAAGGCGGCUGAUCAGAUUCUGCAGGUUUGCAAUGGCUACACUUCGGAAGACUGCCAGGCCAGACUGAGCUCGGACGAAGACGAACCGAAGAAACUGCUGGACACGAUUUCUGAGAGCAAGUCCUGGAAGAACUCCAGCCGGGACAUCGAGACGAAGAACCAGCUGCGAAUGCGGCCGACUUUAGCCAGCGCUGCCAAGGUCAAAGUGAAGCGCACCUCCUCAACGUCCUCACUGGACAGUUUGUCCAGGGACAGGAGGAAACCCGCCAUCAGGCCGGCAGCUGCUACCAAAGCAGCGGCGGAAAAGCCGAGGAGAAAGCCGGCCAGCGACGGGGCUUCCAGCAAGGCUUCAACAAAGGCGCGGCGCCUCCAGAGAGCCUCCAGCAGGGAGGCGCUGCUUCAAUCGCAUGGCAGUUCCUCCGAAGAUUUGCCGGCCAAUGUGGAGGCGCCAGUGCGCAAGCCGCGGCUUAUCAAGAAGACGAAAGCCACGCAGCUGACCAUGACCAGCGGGUUUGAGCUGAAGAAGCCGCUGCGGAAGCCCAAGGAGGAGAAUAUGGAGAAGAGCGAGGCCAGGAUAUUGCGGAGUCUUCCAGAGAUUCGCUACAAAACGGCAGUCUCCACCAUCACCAGCACGGUCGAGAAAUGCUCAAGGGAUCGCUCCAAAUCGAGGAAUGAGGAGGCGAAGUCGAGGGGUCACAGCCGAAGGGAGAGCAGCAGCAAAGGUAAGCAACUGCGGAACAAAUCGAGACAACCUUACCUCGCAAGAGGGCGUUUGUGGUCCCAAUAAAAGUAAUAUUUUGCCCCGAAUGACAACCCGAUAAAUGGAGAGAAGAGGUUUUAGUUGACGUGUGGUGCAUAUUUAGUUCCAUUGUAGUAAGUGGUUCCUUCGUGAUAAAUUUUUGAAAUUUG